CAUCCGCCGUUUCCCUCCGGAAGUACAGUUCAUUUUUAUUCACAGGAAAAAAAAACAGCUGUUGUUGAAAAAGAAAACAUCAAAGUGAGUUUCAUUGACGGAUGUCUUGGCGUUAUCUUUUCGCAGACAUUAGUACAAAUGCCAGCGCCAAAGAGAGGAUCAUCUCCUCAUGAUUCUCAGCCCAAGAUGAGGAAGUUGGAUGAGGAUGGAGAGGCUCUACCAUCCAAAACUGCACCAGCUUCCAAUAAUAGGUCCCUUAAAACAGGAAAUACACCAGAAAAGACAGCAGCUCCACGGACUAAGAAAAAACUUUGUGCUUCAGCGGAAGGGGGGAAUAAACCAGCCAAGUCAUCCAAACAAAGUUCCCCUCCAAAGGAUUCCAGCAAAACCAUUUCUGACCCACCUGUCAAAAAAGCCAAGCUCCUGAAAGCCACAAGUGCCUCCUGCGGAGAAGCUCCCUCGCUGAAAGUUUACUCCAAAGCUUCCCUGAAGCGAACAGCCUCUACAGAGUCUGAGGAUGAGUUGAGUAGUGAUAGUAGUAAGACUGACCUCUUCAGAGAGAGGGAUGAUGGGGACAAGGCCCGCUGCAUCAGAAAAUAUUCGAAUCGAGUCAAAGCUAAACGCAGGGUUGAAGAAUCAACAUCUGACCCACAGGAGACAGGCCAACGGUCCCCAUCUGCACUGGGAGACCCUGUUCAGAUGGACCACAAUUAUGGUAGAUUUUCCGAUUCAAGUCCGGGAGAGGCUAAUCAGGAUGAUGUGAAAGAAUCUGCACAGUCUGUCACUGAAGGAGAGACACAAGACAUGUCAGUUAAUCCACCACAAGCAGAGUCAAAGGAAAGUGUAGUCUCUGUAGGAGGGAGUGCAAAAGCUAGCAUUGAGUUUGAGUGUGCAGCUGUUGAAAGUAAACAUGAGGAAUUUAAAAAUGUAGAAAGCCAAAAGCUCAUAGAUAAUGAAGCACUUGUAUCAUGUAGAGAAAUAUUUGACUUUACAACAGCUGCAGGGUUGCCUAGCUUCACAUCUGAGACGGGGGAAAAGAAGGACGUGGCCAUUAAAAGCAAAAAGGAUGUAGAUAAUGAAAGACUUGCGACAUCAGCGGGAAAUCUAUAUUUUUGCACUAGAGAGGCAAAUCCAUGCUGUGAAGGUGAAGUACAGAUAGAUGAAAGAACAUCUUGUAGAAGUCAGGCAGAUGUGAGCAGUGAAACUGAAACAAAUGAGACCACAGAGACUGUUUCUGAAGAGAUAAAGCUGGAUAGGAAAUGUAAAAGUAAUGAAGAAGAGAUUGAAAUGAAGGGAGAGAUUGAAGCUGCCAGUGUCUCUGCAGGCUAUAGUGAUGUAGAAGAUAAAGCAUUGAUCCUGGUAGAAGGUAGUAAUCCAGAGGGUCAGACUGAGGAAAACCUAAUAACAACAGAGUCUGUUUGCAGUCCAGGGACUCAAACAGACCUCAGUGUCAAAAUUCAAGUUACUUUCAAAGAGGAAUCAAAAUCUGAGGAUCAAGGGAGUCAUCAAGGGCCAGAUGCCAUUACCAACUCAUGUGACGGUGUGAACAAACUAGUCAGAAAGUCUGAAGAAAGUGAAAGGAAAGGAGUCGAGUUCCUGUCGACUCAGACUGUUGCUGGUCCUGGGUCUUUUGCUGAGCUACAACUGAGCCAAGUUGUGAUGAACAAGACAACUGACAGCUGUUCUGAAAUACUGACACCAGAUUGUGAGUCUGUUCCAGAGCAAAAUCAAAGCGAUGUGCUUUCCGAUUGUUUCACAGUCUCAGAGGGUCAGAUAGACGUGAGCAUGCACACUAAGAUAACAUCGGCGGAGCGCCCCGACUUUGCGCCUAAGGAGGAUAAACACAACCACAAAAUGAAAGACCACACAACAGAAAUACCUGUUAAAGUCAAAGAAGAUGCUAUAAGUGAAGAAAGAGAACAAGAGAUGAACUUUGAAUGUGCCACUGCACACACUGAGAUUUCUAAUCAAACCGCUUCACUGGAAAUACAAAGCCAAAAGAGUCAGGAAGUCAGUGAAUGUGAAACAGACUUAUCCCCAGAAUUGAAUGAGGAUCAUGCAUUGAAUUCUAAAAUAAUGGAAAAGGAAGAAAACAAGAACAUUGAACAAAUGAAUGGACCUGAGAGACAGACUACAACGGCAUCAGAAAUGUCUAAUCCUGCAUCUACGGCAGAAGUGCAAAACCAGGAGAAGCCAAUAGACAGUGACUUCACCACAGACAUGUCUGAUAAAGCACAUAAAUGUCCAGUUGCAAAUUGUCAGAACGCCAAAGAUGAAGGCAGUGUUGAUGAUCAAUGUGUUGCUGCUGCUGAAAAUCAAAUAGAAGUGGACAUGCAGACGACAACAUCAGAGGGGACAUCUAACAUCGCACCUACUGUGGAAAGACAAAGCCGCGACGAUAGUGAACCUACCACAGACAUGUCGGCAAAAUUUCAUGAGGAUCAUAAGGUUGGAAAUAUGGAAAACAAGGUGAACUUUAAAUCGUUUACUGUCCCACAGAGUCCAAGAGAAAUGGAAAUUCAGGCUACAACAACAUCUGAGGUUUCAAAUCCAGCCGCUUUGGUCAAAAUACAGAAAAGCAAAAUUGAAAUGGACAUGCAGAUUACAACCACAGAGGAAAUAUCUAAUGCCGCACCUACGGUGGAAAUACAAAGCCAGAAAAGUCUAAAUGAAAUGAAUGUGGACACCACAGCGACAAUAGAUGAAAUAUCUAACACAGAACCUACUGUGGAAAUUCAAAGCCAGAAAAGUCUAAAUGAAGUGAAUGUUGACACCGCAGCGGCAUCUGAUGACACAUCUAACACGGCACUUACUGUGGAAAUACAAAGCCAGGACGGUAGUGAACUUACCACAGACAUAUCUGCUGAACUUCAUGAGGAUCAUAAGGUUGGAAAUAUGGAAAACAAAGUGAACUAUCAAUUGGUUACUGUUCCACAGAGUCCAAUAGAAAUGGAAAUUCAGGCUACAUCAACAUCCAAGGUUUCAAAUUCAGCCGCUUUGGUCGAAUUACAGAAAAGCCAAAUAGAAGUCGACAUACAGACGAUAGCAUCAGAGGAAAUAUCUAACGCCGCACCUAAGGUGGAAAUACAAAGCCAGAGAAGUCUAAAUGAAGUGAAUGUGGACACCGCAGCGUCAUCAGAGGAAAGUUCUUACAUGACACCUACAAUGGAAAUACAAAGCCAGAAAAUUCAAAAUGAAGUGAAAGUAGAGACUGCAGUGACAUCAGAGGAAAUUGCUUACAUAUCACCUUCAGUAGACACUCAGGUCCAGAAGAGCCAAGAAAUCAUUGAACCUGCAACAGACAUAUCUGAGAAAGUUCAAGAAUGUCUAAUGAUACAGACUCCUAAAAGUAAUGGAAAUGAAAACAAAGUUAUAACACCAUGUGUUAGUGCGGCAGAAAGUCAAAGAGAAAUGGAUGUGCAGACAGCAGCAGCACAAGAGGAGGCUUCUGAUCCAACAACUACAGUAGAAACACAAACUCAGAGAGGUCAGGAGGUCAGUGAACUCACAACAGACGCUCAACUUUUACAUUUUUUUGUUGUUGCCAAUACGGAGAGUGACGAAAACAAGGAAAAGGUUAUCGCAGAAUGUGUGUAUGCCACUGAGCAUCAAAUAGAAAUGGAUGCGCAAGCGACACCAACGCCAGAGGAGAUUUCUAACCCACCACCUACAGUGGAAAUACAAAGCCAUGAGGUCAGUGAACUCAACACAGAAGAUGUAGUGAGUGCAAGUUGUGAGCUUGCUUACAAGGAAAAUGAAGAUAGGGUUACUGCUGAAUUUGAUGAUGAUCCAGAGGUUCAAAUAAAUAUGGAAACUACUACGCCAGAGGAGAUUUGUAAUGCAGCACCUACUGCAGAACUGCAAAACCAGGGGAUGGAGGAAGUUGGUAAACCCUCUGUGGUCUUAUCAAAUGACGCUCACAACCCUUUUCUGAUGUCUAAAAGUAAGGGAAAUGCAAACAUGCAGGCAGAUCCUAGUGCUGCAGUUAUCCAAGAGGAUAUGGAUGUAAUAAGUGCAUCGGUAGGAAGGGUAGGUUCUGCUUUAGAAGAGGAAACAGGGAGACAAGUGGUUAAUGAAGUCAAAGACGAGGCUGCAAUCAUUUUCUCUGAUAAUGCUGACCAUACAGUCUGUGAUAUUGAAGGACGAGGAGGAGGAGCUGAAAGCAAUGAAGAAAUAGUUUUUGUUUGUGGCCAACCGGAUGAUGUUGAUAUUGUAAUUCAGGCGUCAGAAGAGCAGAGUAAGACGGUUAAUCAGUCAGAGGUUGUGAUCCAUGAAAACCAGAUAGUGUAUGAGCCCAUUAGUAGUCCGGAGAGUAAUGAUGGUAGAGAGAUUUCUACAGCAUCCGAGAACCACGCUGGUGUGUCUUUACUGGACCUGCAGAACACCCAGCAGAUGGAAGGAGAUUCAUCUACUCAUGGAGAAAACAGCACUAACCAACAACUGGACAAAGAGGGAAACGUCGAGCAACAAAUGUGUGUCUCAGACUGCCAAGAAGUUGAAAUGGAAGCACAAACUGUCAGUGUGCCAGAGAGUUGUGUCCCUGCACAUUUGGAGCAGAGUGACAUUAAUGUUGAUGGAAAACAAGUUGCAGUGAUCAGCUCUAGCGAUGACAUCAGCAUGCCAGAUGGCCAGACAGAAGCUGCACCAGAAAGUAGUGAAAGGAAUGGGUAUCCAGAUUGCGUCGGUGCCACAGAGUCUCCUGAACAGGUGCAGGAGGACAUGGGACUUCAGGAGGUUUCAGAUGUCACGGUGACGACAACUACGACCACCUCAGAAGUUGAAGUACCAGAUAGUACAUCUGAGGAAUUUGUGAUCUUAGAACCAAUUCCAGCAGACGAAAUUCACUUUGAUAUUGUCACUCGAGCAGCAGCUGAAUCAGGGUUGUCAGACUCCCCUUCAGAGCAGGGGAAUCCAGACAGUGCUUUAGAAGGUGACGUGGAAAAUGAAAGGAUUUUAAAUGGUUCUCAACAAACCUUCCCUGAGCCAGAAGUGCAGCAAUGUCAAACAACUGAUGAGAUCAAAGUGACAAAUUCAAGUGAGGUUUUAGAUCAAGAGACUAGGGUGGGGAAAGAAAUCGCAAAUGAAAGUGUUGAAGUUAUUCAAGAUGCUGACCACAGCCAGCAGCCAUCAUCUAACAUGAUGGAUGUUAAUUCCUCAGAGGUUGAGAUGGCAAACUCUCAUGCUCAAGUCACAAAUGAAGACAGCAAUGCACUGGUGAUAGAGAAUGCUGAGGCUGAUUUGUACCUACAAGAAGUGCAGCUUCUGGAGGAUAUAGAGAUCGGUCGUGAGAUCGUAGUAGCCGAGGAAGAGAACGAUGAAGAUAGUGACAUUACAAUAAUAGAAAAACCCCAGGAAACAGCUGAGGCAGUCCAUCAAGAAGACUCUGAGAAAAAGGUUAAUGAGAAAACAGAAUGUGCAACAGGGAGCACAGCUGAAAAGACUGAAGAUGAUAAAAAAGCAGAAAAACCCAAGAAACAGCAAAUGAACACACAGGCCAGAACCAAAGCCCGUCUGGCAGCUCUGGCUGAGCAAAAAGCUGCAGCAUCUAAGAGAACAGCAAACAGACAGCAGCUAAACCUCUUAGCUUUGUGUCAGGAGAUUGCAGAGGACAUAGCCACAGACAGCAUGCUAUUGAAGAGGAUUGAAGAAGAAAAACAAGCAGCGGCCGCAGCAGCAGCAGCUACAGCAGCCAAUAGUGAAGCAAGCAAGAAGGAAAGUCCACCUGUUAACGUGCAGGGGGAAGACACUGUUAGUGUUCCGACUCCUGCUGGGCCUGAAGGGAGCUGUGCCCCCGGGAGACCUGCUGAGGAGCCACCUCCAGCCCAGUCCUCAGUGGAUGAUUCAGCCGAAGCCAAGCCUUCUUCAGAGCCUCCAAAGAGGCGUUUCUUUGUCACACAGAUUUCAGUGCCACUGAAAGUCCAUGAGAAAAAGAAGCUAACUAGGUAUCAAAGACUGAGACAGGUUGAACUGCAAAGAGAGAAAAUGUCUUGGGCACGUGUAAAGAAACUUAAAUCUGACCAAGCAAAUCAGAUGUUUUCGGACAUAGAUUGGCAGGUUCCCCUGUCUGCAUGCUCUCCAUUUUCUGUGAGUCCUGGGACCACAGCUCCUCCACCUGCAGCCAGUCCACCAAAAACACCUCUCCCAUGUCCUGCCUUAACUAGCAAGCCUGCAACACCCAAGGCAGAAGUCCCUAUAGUUGACCCACCCAAGACUGAACCCACUGAAACGGAAACCCCCAAAUGUGAACCCACAAAACCUGAACCUGCCAAAGCAGAAGCCUCAAAAACUGAGACUCCUAAUGCUGGAAUCCGUAAAUCUACAAGGCAAAGUAAAGCUCAAACUCUUAAAGAAACCCCUGCUCCGGGGCCCGUCCCAAAAGUGACCCGAUCAGCAGCCAAGAGGACCCUCCCAGCAGUACCCCCUCCUAUGCCCAAUGGACUUAAUGGUCAAAAACAGAAGCCUGUUGAGUACAAGCCAUACAGACCCAGGCCUAAGUAUUCCUUUGAUGAUUUUGAACUAGAUGAUGACCCAUUACCAGCAGCUCCAACAAAGCCCAGACCUCAGUCAAGGCCCACACAGCCAACACAACCCUACGUUCAGUCUAACCCCACAGCUCAAUCUAAACCCACAGUUCAGUCAAAACCCCCAGUUUCCUCACAUCUUGCCAACCAGGAAAAACUCAAAGCUCAGACUACACCUGCUGGACCAAUUUCAGGUCAGUCAAAGUUGACUGCUACAGCUACAGUUCAGGCAAAGCCUGCCGGUUCCACCACUCCACAGUUAAAGCCUGCCGUUGCGACAACAUCCCAGUCGAAGGCCACAGACACUUUUGGGUCUUCUUCUAAACAUGUUCCGCCAGUUCAAGCUCAAUUAAAGUCUCCUGUUUUAACGACACCUCAGUCAACAGCUGUUUCAGCUCCAGGUCAGUCCAAGCCUGCUGCUCCUGUUUCUCCUCAGUUAAAACCUGCUGGUAGUGGAGGUACAGCUCAGCUCCAGCCGUCAACAGCAUCUCAGGCUGCAGGUUCAACCACAUCUGAGACAAAGCCUGAUGCUCCAAAGGCCGACGUUGGUUCGGCAGUGCCUCAGAAAACCCCAAAUCCACCGUCAUCAGAAGAUGGCAAAUGCAAGGAUACAGCUGAUCCCACUUCUUCCCUGCCCUCUGAAGACUCCAAAGAGUCUGAUGACACACAGAAGAGUGAAGUAAAGCCUGCAGUCACUGGUGAUGAUUCUAGUCCAGAGAAAAAGACAGAGAUGGCCGAGAAGGCAUCGGCAAAACUUCAAGACGGCGCAGUGGAGCCACAGGAUGACAGGACUCCUCUCUCUGAUGCUUGUCUGCAAAAAGAAGUGAAAAAACUAAAGGAGGCUGACAAAGAUGGCACCCAAACCAUUAUUGAUGCAGGACAGAAGCAUUUUGGAGCAGUGGCCUGCAACGUGUGUGGGAUGCUCUACUCUGCUGCCAACCCUGAAGAUGAAUCCCAACAUUUACUCUUCCACAACCAGUUCAUCAGCGCUGUCAAAUAUGUGGGAUGGAAAAAAGAGAGGAUACUGGGGGAGUAUCCUGACGGCAAGAUCAUUCUUGUCCUGCCAGAUGAUCCCAAAUAUGCUCUGAAGAAGGUCGAGGAGAUCAGGGAGAUGGUGGACAACGACCUCGGCUUCCAGCAGGUGGAGACCAAGUGUCCCUCUCAGACCAAGACCUUCCUCUUCAUCUCCAAUGACAAGAAAGUGGGUGGAUGCCUUAUAGCAGAGCACAUACAAGAGGGAUACAGGGUGAUUGAGGAGCAAGUACCGGAAGGUUCAGAGGGAGAAAAGGUGAUGUUUGAACGUCAGAGAGCUUGGUGCUGCUCCACAACACCGGAGCCGGCCAUCUGUGGCAUCAGCCGCAUCUGGGUGGUCAACAUGAUGAGGCGCCGGGGCAUCGCUUCACGCUUGCUCGAGUGCCUCAGGAACAACUUCAUAUACGGUUCAUACCUGAGCAAAGAUGAGAUCGCUUUCUCCGACCCCACACCCGAUGGAAAACUCUUUGCCACACACUAUUUUAGCACUUCUCAGUUUUUGGUUUAUAACUUUGUGAGUGGAACAAGCUCGUCCCAGCCCAACGCUGACGCAGUAUGACAGUCUUCAGGAAAGGUAACCAUGGUUUUAACGGAGAAGCCCACUGACCAGCGGGACACACCAUCACUAAGCACCUAACAGUGUCUGAUGCAGAAUCUGUAUUGCAUAACCAUUUAAAA